AUGUCGGGGCCGGCACAGCCCCUGCCGGUGGACGAUGCCGGCCUGCCCGAGGAAGUGCGGGAGAUCGUGGCCAAGGCCCGGAGUUCCUGGCUGAAGAACAGCGAGGUGUUUCAAAUCUUGCAACAUGCCACCAGCGGCCUCCUGCCGCUCUCCACCUCGCCGCCGGAGCUGCCACCGGGUGGGACUCUGUUCCUCAUCGACCGUAGCAGCUGCCGCACCUUCCGCAAGGACCAGCACCAGUGGCGCAAGAAACCAGCGUUUUCCCCCCACUUCCUGCACCCAGACAACAAGACAGUUCGUGAGACGCACGAGAAACUCAAGGUGGGCACCACGGAGCGACUGAACUGCUACUACGCCCACGCGGACCAGCAGGACCAGCUGCAGCGGCGCUGCUAUUGGCUGCUGGAGCAGCAGUAUGAGUACGCGGUGCUGGUGCACUAUCUGAACGCGCCCUCCACGCGUACCCAGCGCAGCGUCGGCGGCGGCCUGCCCGCGCCCGACGCCGCGGGCGCCGGCGACGCACCUGCACCCCAGCGCCCCCAGCGCGCCAACCGCGGCCAGAACAGCCGGUAUGCGCACCUGGGCUUCGACCAGGGCAGCGGCAGCCUGGGCGCGGACGGCACGCCCCGCGCCUCCACCACCACCGGCAGCGACCUGGACUAUGAGCCCGCCGCAUCGGGCGGCUACGACGUCGACGACGACGCGCCGAACGGCGGCAUCCCCGGCAGCGCGCGGCACGCCCCGGGCAGCGUCGCCUGGCUGGCAGCGCAGCACCGCCCGGCCUCGCCGCCCGGCACCGCCAGCCGGCUCCCCCGCUUCCCCUCUGACGUCAGCUUUGGGCUGGGCCUGAUGCCCGAGCCCAGCAGCGCGGCGGGGGCCAGCCUGGCCGCCGGCGUGCGCCGCGAUGCGGGGAGCGUCCAGGGCUCGCUGCCGCCCAGUCUGGCGGAGCAGUGGGCGGAGCACUCCCGGCGCGGCGGCGCCGCGCCGCCGCUGGAAGAGCUGGUGGGCCAUGCGGGCGGCCUGCUCCGCGCCCAGCGCCUCCACUCCUCCCAGCAGCAGCAGGGGCAGGGGGUGCCGGGGGCCUUCUCGCCGCGCGGCGAGGCGGCCCAGGUCGCCUGGCCUGCGCCCGGCGCCACCUUUGACGACCUGCUGAGUCAGCACUACGCCGCCGCGCUGCAGCGCGCGCAGCGCGCCGACCCAGACUGGGAGGGCGAGGAGGGCGAGGGCGGCGCCCGCGCCGGCGCCGCCCAGCCCUCGGCUGGCCUGCUCAUGAUCUCGCGCGGUCUGGCGGGGCAGGGCACGGGGUCCUUCACCUCCCCGCCGCGCGGCCUGCACCCGCAGGUGUCCUUCACCGCCAGCGAGGCGGACCUGGCGCGCUCCCUCUUCCCCCAGCUGUCCUUGGGCCUGGAGGGCGUGGAGGGCAGCGGCGCCAGCGUGACCGGCCCCGGCGGUGGCGGCGUCGGCGUCCAGCCCUCCACCGGCUCCUUCACCGCCGCCAACGGCGGCGGCCUGGACGGCUUCCUGGCCUCGCCCCAGCGCCUGCACUCGCGCCGCACCUCCUCCGGUGUGGCGCGGCUGAUGGACACCUGGCACGCCGCGGCCGGGUUCGAGCACCCCCUGCGCGAGCACCUGGACGUCGCGCUGGGCGCCGGCAGCGGCGACGAGCUGGCGGGCGAGGAGAUGCGCUCGCUGCUGAAGAACAUGUCCAUUGACGAGGUGGAUGCGGUGGCCGCGCUGAGCGCGCGCGGGUCGCUGGACCGCUCCGGCCUCUGGUUCGGCGCGGGGCUGGGCCUGCACCCCGCCGGCUCCACCAUCACCGAGGAGAGCUCCGGCGCGGCGGAGGGCGCGGCGCGCAGCGCCAGCUUCGAGGCCAGCGUGUCCGGGUCGGAGGCGGCGGAGCCGGCGCUGCGCUUCGCCAUCGAGGACUUCAUGCCCGAGACCGCGCUCGUCCUGGGCGGCGACAAGAUGUUUGUCACGGGCAGCGUGCGCAGCGCGGCGGGUCUCUGGGAGCGCCACGUCCACCUCAAGUUCGGGGAGGAGGAGGUGCCCGCCGUCGUGCUCAACGCCACCGUGCUCAAGUGCAACGUGCCACGCGCCCCCACUCCCGGGCGCGUGCGCCUCUGCGUCACCCUGGGCGACGGCGUCCCCGUCAGCAACACCGUGGCCUUCACCUACCGCCACCUGCGUGGCCUGGCCGCCCUGUAUUUGCUGCUGGGGAGGAGCCUGAGCAGCAUCGCCCUGGAGCUGGUGCGGCACAUCCGGCAGGCUGGCGGCGUGCUCAAGAGCCUGUCCCUCGGCGGGCGCCUGGUGUACCGUGGCGUCGAGAUUAAGCGCUGGCACGGCCUGGUGGCAGCCUACCUCGCCUACAAGGCAGCCCAGGCGCUGCAGGGUAUCAUCAAGUACCUGGCGCAGACGGGGCAGAGGAGAACGCUGCGGCGCCGCAUGCGCAGCGCGUCGUCAUAUGAGGAGUGGCAGGGGCUGGCGAGGGAGUGGGAUAGAUUGACGGGAGCCAAGGCGAAGCCGUGCCUGACAGCCUGCGAGGCAGCCGAGCUCCGGGAGCUGUCCGGGAAGCUGCGGGAAGCCCGCCUGGCAGGCUAUCUCACCGCCCUCAGGUUCACGCUGCGCAUGGACCUGAAGCGGCGGAGCGGGUACGAGGCCGUCCAGAGGCUCCUGGACACCGGCAUCCAGUGCAUCACGCUGCCUGCCGAGGUGGAGGAGUACCUGAGCGAAGCCAUCCAGGCGCUGCAGCACAUCGUGGGCACGCCUGCAUUGGUACACCGGGAUAAGGUAUCGUUCUUCCGCGAGCUGCGGCACGCCUACGGCCGCACUGCCCUGGUCCUGUCUGGCGGCGGCUCCUUCGGCUUCUUCCACUAUGGCGUGAUCAAAGUGCUGCUGAAUGCGGGCAUCUUGCCGCGCAUCGUGGCUGGGAGCAGCGCCGGUGCACUGGGCGCGGGCAUCCUCGCCUCGCGCCCCGUGGCCCAGCUCGCGGCGCUGGUCAACAUGUUCCCCGGCGAUCUGGACAUGAACCUGCUGUCCAACAACACCACGCCCCACAUCCUGCGCCACCUGGUGGUCAAGGGCACGGCACAGGACGGCUCGGUGUUCGUGGAGCGACUGAAGCGCCUGUACGGCGCCGACCUGACCUUUGCCGACGCGUACGCCGUCUCAGGCCGCAUCCUGAACGUGUCGGUGUGCGCGGCCGACACGCGCGAGCCCCCCCGUGUGCUCAACUACCUGUCGGCGCCCAGCGUGCUGGUCUGGAGCGCGCUGGACCUGCCCAUGCGCGAGCUGGGCGAGACCUUCAAUGUCAACUACUCCAUCGUCAGCCAGGCCAACCCCUGGCUGCUGCCGGUGAUCGCCGCGCAGCGCCUGCUCCCCGCCGGCCUCGGCCGCGCGCUGGAGACCGAGUUCAAGCACCGCUGCGGCCAGGCGCUGACCUUCUUCCCCCGCUCCCCCCUGCUGAAAAUGGUGGGCCAGCCCUGGGGCGGGCACGUCACGCUGGCCAUGCCCGCCGCCGCCUUUGGUGCGGGCCAGGCCGCGCGCAACCUCAGCCCUGCCGACAUCGCGCGCGCGGUGAGGGAGGGCCAGCUCCGCGCAUGGCGUGCGCUGCCGGUCAUGCAUGCCGCCUGCGCCGUGGAGGCCGCCAUCGACGCCGCGCUGGCUCAGCUGCUCGCGCCCAGCGAUUCGCGGGACGGCGCCGCCACGGCGCAGCACCCCCUGCCACGCAAGAUCCCGCGCGCCUCGCUGCCCUCCUGGCUGCACCUCCCCGCGCUCGGCCUGCCGCCCUCCGCCUCGCUGGAGCAUGAGCUGGGCGCGCACGGGUCCCUGGCCGCCUCCUUGGCCUCGUUAGAUGAGGAGGCGGGGGAGGCGGGCGGCCCGCCGCUCGCAGACGCGGCGCCCGACGCUCCGAUGUCCUAUGCGGCGGGGGAUGUGGCCGCCGCGGAGCACGUCUGGCGCGACCUGGCGGAGCUCUCCACGCGCUCCCACUCCGCGCUGGACUGCAUCGCGCCCUGA